AUGCGUGAAAAUACCGCAUCCCGUAAAUCUAGUGUUAGUUUUGUUCUAUUCGUUCUCGACUUCAGUUGCGUCUUCAGGUAAGCAUUCGCAUUCAAGGAAAACAGAAGGGACUUAGGGCAAUUCCGCAAGCAAGCAGAAAUCCGACUUCUUUUCUGCCUUAGAACGAAAGUUACGCAAAAAUCCAAGCUUACAGGAACAAUAUGUCGCCUUCCUAAACGAACAAUUAGACUAGAUUAAACGAACCUAUAGACAAUGCACUACCGCAUACUAUCUUUUUCAUCACGCCGUCACCAAAGACAACAGCACAAGCACUAAAAUUCGAUGAUUCUGCAAAAACGACCUCGGGCUUAUCCAUCAAUGAUGUACAACAGGGCUCGUUUUGUUUAACAAUCCGGAGAGCUUGUGGCCAGCCUCCGGAGGAAGAAAUCUAUCAAGUCACGACUCUUUCAACCACUGACGAUAAGCAUAGCUUCAUCACAAGAAUUUCUACUUUUACGCGGUUGAUUAGGGUCACGGCCUACUGUUUGCGAUUCGCGAGUAAGACACGAAGAGCAAAACUGAGAAUAGCAUACGAAUCAAGUACUGCUGCAUUAACAAUUACGGAGCUCAGACAUGCUGCAAUGACCUUAGCGAAACUAACACUUCAGAACACUUCCAACCUGAGCUCAAGGCACUGA